AUGCAGAGCCAUCAGUUGUCGCCCGACGCUGGUGUGUUUCCUAUCCAAGGCGUGCCCUCCCCAACCGCACGUCCUUUUUCCUCCGCAUGCCACCGCUGGCGCCGCGGCAUUCCCCUCCCCUGCCCCGCCCGACCGCUGCCGCGCUGCCCCGGCAGCGCCGACCGCCUCAUGACACAGCCUGCCCGGAGACCCACGACCCCGACGGCGACCGCUGAGACCGUCUUCCUCGGCGCCAGCUCCAUCCCGGACCCGCGGCCCUCGCCGGCCACCCCGCUCCCGGACAUCCCCUUCCUGCACGCGUCCGCGCCGCCUCCGCCUCCACCACCGGUGCCGCUGCCGCAGAAGCAGAAGCAGGGCAAGUACCGGUCGCGCCCGGGACGCCUCAUCCGGUCAGUGCGUGCCGCGUUCCGGUCGUUCCCGAUCAUCCCGGCGCCGUCCUGCCGCGGCAUGCCGUCGCUGCACCACCUCCCGGGGCUCCACGGCCCCGGCGGAUACGUCAGGAACCACUUCCACGGCGCCACGCGCGCCACGGGGACGCUGUACGGCCACCGGCGCGCGCGCAUCACCAUCGCGUUCCACGACAGCCCGGCCAGCCCGCCGGGGCUGCUGCUAGAUAUCGCCGUGCCCACGGCCAAGUUCAUCCAGGACGUGAGCGCGGCCGGGAUGGUGCGCGUCACCCUCGAGUGCGACAAGCAGCAGCAUCACGCGGCCGAGGCGUCGCGGAGACUGCUGGACGAGCCGCUCUGGGCGGCGGAGGUGAACGGCGAGAGCGUCGGCUACGCGGCUCGGCGGGAGGCGACGGAGCAGGACGAGCGUGUGAUGCAGCUUCUCCAUGCCACGUCCAUGGGCGCCGGCGUGCUGCCGGCCGACAUGGCCCACCCGGCUGACGGCGAGCUGACGUACAUGCGCGCGCACUUCGACCGCGUCGUGGGAUCCAAGGACGCCGAGACGUACUACAUGCACAACCCCGAGGGCAGCGCCGCCGGACCGGAGCUCACCAUCUUCUUCAUUAGGACUUAG